AUGCAGCGCAUACGUUGUGACAAGAACCCCGACGACCCAAACGGCAUCUGUCUCACUUGCAGAAAAGUCACUCUUGCAAGGACAGGCCAGCUGCCCUGUCUGAGGUACAAGAUUGCUGAUAUCGCACUGUACAAGUCAGGGCAGGUCCCAAGGUAUGAGUGGACCAAGAGAUGGCCGAAUGAGCUGUCGGAUCCGGAGUGGGCUUCUCCGGAAAUUAGAACCAUUCGCAUCGCUGAGGGGUACUCUGCCAACUUUGUGGAAAUACAAGUCCGUCGGUUCGUCCCGGGAGACAAGGACAAAUUGGAGAGGACAUGGGACUAUAAGGGAGAGAAGAGGUCUGUACCCAUACCACCCUUUGCCCUUACCGACCCCCCAAAGACUAGGAAAGCCUGGGCCAAGCACAUUGAUGCAAGCAUCAACGAUACGCUGAAAAAGAUUACCAGGUCGAUCAAGGGGUCGUCGGUCAACGUGAUGCAGAGGACCUAUCUCGAAGCAUAUCGCAUGGCUCAGAGAAGGGAUGUUCCCACGGAAGUGUCUGAUAUCUUGCAGUCGACAAUCAGGUUGUGGACGUCGACAAGACUCAACACCAUUUCGUGCUUCAUCGUGGGUGAGGAAACCUUGGACAUGCCGGCUGACAUAUUGGACGAAACCAGCCCCACGCCGGGCAAGGUGCCGUUGCCGCCAGUUAUGGGCGAGCAGCUUAACCUGAUCAUCAUUCAUCAGAUCCAGGCCAAGCUGCGAAAGUCGGUACUGGACCAGCUGCAAAAGAUUGUGCAGAAGAACAAGCAGAGCACUUGGCUUGUGACGUACUACGUGGACUUUAUCUUGCUGCACAAUGCGUCCAUGAUUAUCGCUCACGACGCAGGGUAUGCGAAGAAGCAUGGCAUCAAGCGACGCUUCGCCCGGGAGGAUAAGGUCAAGGAGUACCACGUUGGUGCAAACAUUGUGCUUGCAUAUUUUCACUACUGCAACAAGGGUUUGUAUCCAUUUUCAGACGAGUGCACAGACGCGGAGCUGAGAAGCCUGGCCGCGCUGACGGAGCAAGACAUUGGGCUUGUUCGUGGCAUGGCGGCAUAUGCGAAGCUAAGAGGGACGGAGUGGCAGAGGCUGCGCGAGUCUCAGGAGUAUGAUCACGCCGAGUACUACAUUUGCCAAAUGUUUGAGCAGAACUGGAAGCCUCGGCCGAUGGUUGUCUAG